CUUUGUUCUGGAGGUUGAAGUUGAGGGGUCACGUUGGCUUACUAGCUGAUAUGAUGCAGACAGAACAGUAGAGUCGUACAGUCAGUCACCUGUGUGUGAAACUCAGCAGGAGCAGAUUCAGCGUUACAACAAGCCCCCAGAGAGGAAGGGUAGAACCUGUCAUUAGGAUCCCUGGAUGCACGCCGGUGCCCUCGCCCUGGCCGCACACGCAGACUCGAUGGCCAUCAGCUGACCCCUCCCCCCAGGAUGACGGUGAGAGAGCGGCUUCGGCAGAACAUCUCGGCCGCCUUCUACCGGCACGGCCUGCUAUGCGCCUCCUACCCGGUUCCCAUCAUUCUCUUCACCUCUGCCAGCAUCCUGACCUGCUGUUACCCUCUGCUGAAGCUGCCUCUGCCAGGAACAGGGCCUGUCGAGUUCACCACUGGAGUACGAGAUUACUCUGUUCCAUCCCAUGAGUCUCAGGGUGACCUGCCGGAGCUCCCUGAUUGGUACCGGGGUCCUCCGGUGGCCUACAUCCAGCAGGUCCUGGUCAAGGCAGCAGUUUCACCAUGGGACAACAGUCUGGUUCCUGUGGACGUGUUCCGCUCUCCCCUUGGGCGCGUCUUCAGUCUCCUGGAGGAGAUCAGAAACCACGUUUACACAGACAGAAGUUUGGAGGCGCUGUGCUUGCAGGUAACGGACUUGUUGCCAGGGUUACGGCGCAUGCAGGCGGUCCUUCCAGAGCACGGCUGCCUGCUGGUAUCCCCUGGCAACUUUUGGCAGAACCGGCGGGACCUGUUUGAUGCAGAUCCAGACCUCCUGAAAACAGUCCACCAACAUGAACCCAAAGGCCUUCAUACUUCAGCCACUCUGAAAGAUUUACUCUUUGGUGUCCCGGGGAAGCAGUCGGGUGUAAGCCUGUACAGCAAGAAGAGAGUGGUGACUUACACCAUCACAAUUGCACUAAGCUCCUAUGAUGCAAGGUUUGUAGCCAGUCUCCGAGCCCGUCUGAAACACCUUCAUCCUUCAGUGAACUGCACUCUGCGUGAAGACCACAUGGUGCACGUCCAUUUCAAAGAGGAGAUUGGCAUCGCUGAGCUCAUCCCUCUGGUCACCACCUACAUCAUCCUCUUUGCUUAUAUCUACUUCUCCACCCGAAAGAUUGACAUGGUGAAAUCCAAAUGGGGCCUGGCGCUGGCCGCUGUGGUGACGGUCCUCAGCUCUCUGCUCAUGUCUGUGGGACUCUGCACCUUGUUUGGCCUGACGCCCACGCUGAAUGGAGGGGAAAUCUUCCCUUACCUUGUGGUGGUAAUUGGUUUGGAGAAUGUCCUUGUCCUCACCAAGUCUGUUGUGUCAACGCCUGUCGACCUUGAAGUCAAGCUGCGUAUUGCUCAAGGUCUAAGCAAUGAGAGCUGGUCCAUCAUGAAGAAUAUGGCAACUGAACUGUGCAUCAUCCUCAUUGGAUACUUCACAUUUGUACCAGCAAUACAGGAAUUCUGUCUGUUUGCUGUGGUCGGUCUGGUGUCCGAUUUCUUCCUGCAGAUGUUUUUCUUCACCACUGUGCUGUCUAUUGACAUACGCCGCAUGGAGUUGGCUGAUCUGAACAGGCGUCUCCCGGCAGAAGCAGGGAUGCCUCCGCCUAAACCAGGCCCUUUGCGUCCACGAGAGACACCUCCACCACCCCGCCCUUCUCCCCACACCAUCACCCUGCAGACUCCUGCUUUCCGGAACCUCCGCUUGCCCAAGAGGCUCAGGGUGGUGUACUUCCUAGCCCGCACUCGCCUGGCACAGAGAAUCAUCAUGGUUGGCACUGUUAUCUGGAUUGGUAUCCUGGUCUACACAGACCCUGCUGGUCUGAGUACUUUCCUUGCUGCCCAGGUGUCAGAGCAGAGCCCUCUUGGGGAGGCGGGGCUUCCUCCUCACUUGGGCGUUGCUCCAGUAUUUCCUGGUGGAGACCCAACCAGCACACUGAGCGUGCUUCCUGCCCCUGAACCCACUCCUCUACCUGAAAACCAAUCUCAGGGUCACCGAGCAGCCCGCCCAGGUGUUGCCCCGGUGUCCAGCCCCCAGAUCACUUGGGGCCCUGAGGACGAGGAGCUGUGGAGGCGGCUUUCUUUCCGCCACUGGCCCUCACUCUUUAGCUAUUACAAUAUCACUCUUGCAAAGAGGUACAUCAGCAUUCUUCCAGUCAUCCCCGUCACGCUCCAUCUCACCCCGCAAGAGGCCAUAGACACACGCCAUCCCCAGGAUACACACCACGCUCCUCCUCCCAGCAUCAAGACCUCUGAUCUUCAGACAGAUCUCACACUCUACAAGGUGGCAGCUCUUGGACUUUUCGCCGGUGUGGUGUUAGUUCUCUUACUCUUCUGUCUGUAUCGUGUGCUCUGCCCUCGGAACUACGGGCAGAACGGGGUUCCCCAUGGUCGCCGUCGCAGAGGAGAACUGCCCUGCGAUGAGUACGGCUACUCACCGCCAAUCAGUGAAAUUUCCCCUCUGCUUCUGAGAGGCCACAGCAUGGACAUUGAGUGUCUGGCCAGUGAUGGAAUGCUGCUGGCCAGCUGUUGUCUGGCGGGACAGAUCCGUGUGUGGGACGCACAGACUGGAGACUGUCUUACUGUUAUACCCAACAAUGGUCUGCGCAGGAGCAGCAGCAGCAGUGGUUGUUGGGAGCACCGUAAUGGCUGGGAUCACAUAAGCGCUUGUGAGGCCGAGAGCCUUUUGGCGGCAGACUUUCGGGAACCAGGAGGAGUAGUGAUGGGAGGGCCAGAUGUAGACGUUUUCCCAAUAAGGAGGAGGACCACCCCUGCACGCCCUGCCCUGUUUGGGGACCAGCCAGACCUCACUCCUCUCAUCGACACCAACUUUGGGUCAUUGCCCCCAUCUCAGACGUUAAGCAGCUCUGGCUUUAAUUUCGGGGUAUUGGUGGAGAAAGCAUACCAGGAGCAUGAGCCCUCACCAACACUGGCCUUCCCACCUUCUCCUCCGGCUUCACAGCAAAGGCGACAUAGCCUCGGGGACCAGCCUGUUUUACCAGCAGAGCUCCCCCCGCAAGGCAAUGGCGACUGGGACAGCUCGGUGUGGGCCAUGGAGCUGAGGGGUAACCUCAUUGCCACGGGCCGCAGCAGUGGAAAACUGGAGCUGUGGGAUGCAGUAGAAGGAUCAUUACGGUGCAUUAAUGAAGAUGGAGUAUCUGGAAUCACUGCCUUGGCUUUUCUUAAUAACAGAAUUGUGGCAGCUCGUUUAAAUGGCUCACUGGAUUUCUUCACAGUGGAGAUCAACAAGCCUCUGGGGUUGCUGCAAUAUCGCGGACCCCCAGGCCGAGGAAGUCUGCCCCCCUCCCCCUGUUACAGCAGUGAGGAUGUGAUCAGCUGUCAGCUGACGCGCUCAGUGCAGUGUGCCCACCAGAAGCCCAUCACUGUGCUCAAAGCUGCCGCGGGCAGAGUGGUCACCGGCAGCCAGGACCAUACAGUCAGGGUGUAUCGUUUGGAGGAUUCUUGUUGUCUCUUCACCCUGCAGGGCCACUCGGGUGGAAUAACUGCCAUAUACGUAGACCAGACCAUGGUUCUAGCCAGCGGGGGUCAAGACGGUACCAUCUGCGUGUGGGACGUCCUUACUGGCAGCCGUGUGAGCCACGUUUACGGUCACCGCGGUGAUGUCACCUCAUUGGUUUGCACAACUUCCUGUAUCAUUAGCAGUGGGUUGGAUGACCUCAUUUGCAUUUGGGACCGUAGCACAGGCAUAAAACUGUACUCCAUACAACAGGAGGUGGGCUGUGGGGCCAGUCUAGGGGUGAUCUCUGAAAGCCUGCUGGUGACGGGAGGACAAGGUUGCGUGUCGUUUUGGGACUUGAACUACGGGGACCUGCUGCAGACGGUGUAUCUGGGCCAGAGCAGCGAAGGUCAGAGCGUCAGGCAGCUCCUGGUUCUGGACAAUGCCGCCAUAGUCUGUGACUUUGGUAGCGAGCUCAGCCUAGUCUACGUGCCCUCUGUUCUGGAGAAGCUGGACUGAACACACACACAAACACCAGCCCACAAAAUAAGCAGAUUUUCAGAGUGGCCCGUACAAAAGCAUUCGCCCUUUAACCUGUAUCAUCACAGGUUCAUUGCAGACAUGAAUGACGUUUCUCGUGUCUUGAGUGGCUACUUCCACAUCUGAACAGGAUGUAAAAUGCAAAACCUGAAUGUUUGGUGUUCAGUAGGCCUCUGAUGCUUCAUCAGAGCAUUUUGUACUUUUGUUAGAACAUCGUACAAAUUAUUCUGUAUAUGAAUCCAGACAGAAUUGCAUAGCUGCUGACAGUGAGAGCUGGCUCACUUGGCCUGCCUUAAGAUGUGUGUUUGUGUGAAUAGUAACAAGCUCACAGUGAGAAGGCCAGGCCGCCCAGCCCAGAAACUCUCAGCUGUGUGACAGAGUUCACAAUAACAUGUUUGCUGAGGGAGAGGAGGAAUGAAAGGUGGUCGUUGGGGCAGAAAAAAAAGGCAUAGAUAUUUCCUGCUGAAAGGAGUUUGCUCUUUGCGUGCAACAGUGUUUGAGUGUUUGAAUCCUCAGAAGUGUUCAGGUCACAUUGCACCCCAUAAUCAAAAUAAUUAUUUUGGUUUGAUUAAAGACUGAAAGCUUGAACAUCUUAGCAACCGCAUAGGAAUUCCUUUUUCUUUUUUCUUUUUUUUGCAACCGUGCAUAAAGAACGUAAACAUAUUUUAGGACCAAACCUAUAUUUUUUUUUUUUAUUGACAAUUAAACAGCCCUUAUAUAUAGUUAUAUAAAGUAAGUUAUAUCAAUUUUUUUAUAUUAAAGAUUAUUUUACAUGUAUAUAAAAUAAUUUGUAUAUUAUAUAUUAGAAUUCAUAUACUGAUUUUUUUUCAUAAAAAACAAAACAAAAACAAUGAUUAAUUUUAUUUUAUUUUUUUUAUUUUUUUACUAAGUUUUUUUUUCAUAUUAAUAUUUUCGGUAUAGAAAAUUUGGGAGGGGGUGUUAAUUUUCACAAAAAAAAAUCACAGUGCAAAUAUUGUUUAUGAUCUUUUUAGUAGACCUUAGUUUCUUUUUGCAAUUUAUUUUGAUUUUGGGGUGAAAUUUGACCUGGAUGUGGUGUUUCUGUGAGUGGCUGUGUUUGUAAGAGCGUACUGUAUACGUCUGAAUCUCUGGGUUGAGGUGGGGGAUCUGUUUUUAAUAUUGAAAUCAAUUAUUUAUUAGUGAAAUUUCUAACGAUUUGUAUGAAACUUAGCUUGUAGAUAAGCUGAAGUGGAGAUACAUGGUGGUCAUGCAUUUUUAUAUACUAACUUACACCAAAAUAAUAUGAUUAUAUUGAUCAAGUCAGUUACUGACAGAUGUCGGGCAGCAAGAAGGGUGGCUAGAGAAAAGAGAAAGGGAGAUGUUCUCAUUCCAGUCCUGCCUUAAACACAUGGAAAAUAUUCCUUGGCACAUGCUAUGAUGUCAUAUCUGUUUCCUGAAAUCCUGAAUGAACAUUUAGUAGGGCUCACUUCUGCAGCACCUGUAUGCCAGGUACAUUUUUAGCUAAGCCAUCGAUACGAAUCACCCAACGUCAGAGCAUAACUACAGUCCCCAAAACAAUUGAAGCCAGAAAAAUGGUUUACCGUCUGAUUAAGUUAAUAGAAAAAUGCACAUGACUCAGUCAGUUAUUAGCCAUGUUUUACGAAUGUAAAUAUUAGUUAAUAAUGUUAAUGAGAGAACUUAUGUUUACCUAAUUAGUUAAUUUUAUGAACGACACGCUUGAAACCAUGUAGUAGCAUUGGUCAAAACAAUUGUACUAUUUUUUUUUUUUAAGGAUAUGUAUGUGCAUUUUUCAGUGGGUUUGUGAUCGUGGCAUUGAUACUGCUCAAGUUUCAGACUGUGCAGCUGUUGUGUGUAGUGCAAGGAUGCUCAAAUCUUGUUUAAACAUGAGAGAAAUGGCAAAAAGCAAUCAUUUUCACCAUGACGUGAUGUAUGGCCAGUUAUCGCUCAAGAACAAAUGUAUGGCUAGCAGCCGGGAAUUGUUCAGAAAUAUUUACGAGUGGUUAAAACUUGUCACAUGAUCAGAUUAACCACAUGAGAACAGAGGUCUGAGAGAAGACAAUGAUUUAUAAUCCUUUCCACGACCAUACUGAAAAGCAUCAUUUAGUUGAUGGCAGGGUCGCUGCAACGUACAAUGGCAGUUUUUUUGUGAGGAGUGAAAUAGCACCAAGCUCCAUUGUGUUGAUUCUACUGCUCGCUCUGCCUUCCCAGAGGAGCGCAUUCCUAGACCUGAUCGAUGCAUGCGGUAUUGAAGUGAAAUACUGCUGUCAACUUGCUGUAUCUUACUGCUGCUGAAGUAGAGUUGGAGGAUGUUUAAAGCGAUGUGAAAUGCCUGAAUGUUGCACUGUUUCUUAAGAUGGGGAGGGGCAGAGAGAGACUGGGUGUAAAUAUUGUUUCGUCUUUUUUUUAUGGGGGCCUGCUCUGCCCUCUUCUCUGUCUUUCCCAAAUACACUACAUAGUGUAAUCAGACAGUAGAGGAUGUAACUAAUGCUCUGAUCUAUUUUUAACACGGGAGAAGAAAAAAAACUUUGUACUAAUUCGCAAAUAAAAAGUCUUUAAAAAGUG